CUAGGUCACCGAUGUACGGAUGUGCCUAUAUGGGAAAUCAAACUCAAAUCACCACUGCUCCAUUGUUCCAUUUGUGGUUGGAGCGUCCAGUGGAAACAACAGUACACGGACAUUGCAACAACACGCAGAAUAUAGAUCAUUUCAUAUUUGAGUGUUUGUCAGAAAAUAUCCCGAUCAAUAAAUACGAAACUGAAUUGGGCUGGCAGUAUAUAUCACUUCUCGAACAUACCACAGACGAAAACAUCAAAAACGAAACAAAGAAACGAUUACACAGAUGCGCUUUGUACGAUAUGAGGAACGAAGACGAUAAGAUGGUUAGAAUUAUCCGGAUGGUGAUUAGCAAGCCGAUAGCAGGAGACCAUUUUAAUGUAAACCAGCACAAAUCGUUAUCGCAACUUUUGGAUCGGGAUGAGCUGUCAUUCAUCCCUGAGGGAUCACGAUAUUGGCCCGAUGGUUCCAUGUACUUAUAUUUAUUAGAAAGACCAAAAGCCAAAAGCUUUAUAACUACUAAUACAAAUCCGGUUACUAAUCGUCCAACUACUGCAACCAGUCGUCCAUCAACAACUACUACCACCAGACGUCCAUCAACCACUGUUACGACCACAAGUCCCACAACAACAACAACAACAACAACAACUACAAAACCUCAGUCUAGUUUUCUCAAAUAUAUGUAUUAUUUGCUUAAGACAAAGACGGUUUAA